CGCCCCCAACCCCAGCCCUUGGCCGCCUCGACGAGUCCGCCCGACCAAUAUUUCUAUCCCCCAAACCCCUACCAUCUCCGCCCCUAUCUCCGCCACCUCGCCGCCCUCAAAUUCAGACCAACCAGCCGCUAGCUUCCCUUCCCUUCCCUUCGCCAUGACUUCCCCGGCGCCGGCCCCUCCCGCUUCCGCGGCGGCGCAGGCGCUGCAGCCGCGCAUCGGCCUCGCCGGCCUCGCCACCAUGGGCCAGAACCUCGCCCUCAACAUCGCCGAGAAGGGCUUCCCGAUCUCCGUCUACAACCGCACCGCCGCCAAGGUCGACUCCACGCUCUCCCGCGCCGCCGCCGAGGGCGGCCUCCCGGUGCUCGGCCACCGCGACCCGCGCGACUUCGUGCUCUCCCUCGCGCGGCCCCGCACCGUCGUGCUCCUCGUCCAGGCCGGCCGCGCCGUCGACGCCACCAUCGACGCCCUCUCGCCCUACCUCGACGCCGGCGACGCCAUCGUCGACGGCGGCAACGAGUGGUACCAGAACACGGAGCGCCGCAUCGACGCCGCCGCCUCCCGCGGCCUGCUCUACCUCGGGAUGGGCGUCUCCGGCGGCGAGGAGGGCGCGCGGAACGGGCCCUCGCUCAUGCCCGGAGGCCACCUCCAGGCCUACGACAACAUCAAGGACAUCCUCCAGAAGGCCGCGGCCCAGACCGAGGAUGGGCCCUGCGUCACCUUCGUGGGCCCCGGCGGGGCCGGCAACUUCGUCAAGAUGGUGCACAACGGGAUCGAGUACGGUGAUAUGCAGCUCAUCGCUGAAGCCUACGACGUGCUCCACCGCGUCGGUGGCCUCUCCAACGCCGAGAUUGCCGAUGUGUUCGCCGAGUGGAACAAGGGAGAGCUGGAGAGUUUCUUGGUUGAGAUUACUGCCGACAUAUUCACGGUGCUCGAUGAUGCUGACAACAGCAGCGGUGGGGCGCUGGUUGACAAGAUCCUCGACAAGACCGGGAUGAAGGGGACCGGCAAGUGGACCGUGCAGCAGGCAGCUGAGCUCGCAGUUGCCGCACCCACCAUUGCAGCCUCGCUGGACGGGAGGUACCUAUCAGGGCUCAAGGACGAGCGAGUCGCAGCUGCCAGCGUGCUCGAGGAGGAAGGGAUGCCCGCGGGGCUUCUGGAGAAGAUCAAUGUCGACAAGAAAGUGCUGGUGGACAGGGUGAGGCAGGCGCUCUACGCGUCCAAGGUCUGCAGCUACGCCCAAGGGAUGAAUCUGCUGAGAGCCAAGAGUGUGGAGAAGGGUUGGAAUCUUAACCUCGCGGAUCUCUCCAGGAUUUGGAAGGGCGGAUGCAUCAUCCGCGCAAGGUUUCUUGACAGGAUCAAGCAGGCUUACGACAGGAACCCUGAGCUUGCCAAUUUGAUAGUGGACAGGGAGUUCGCGAGGGAGAUGGUGCAGCGGCAGGGUGCCUGGCGGUGGGUUGUGGCACGCGCCGUGGAGGCCGGGAUUAGCACUCCAGGGAUGUCUUCAAGCCUUUCAUACUUUGAUACCUACAGGUGCAACCGGUUGCCUGCCAAUCUCAUCCAAGCACAGAGGGAUCUGUUCGGGGCACACACCUAUGAGCGCAUUGACCGUCCAGGUUCUUUCCACACCGAGUGGACUAAGUUGGCCAGGCAGAACAAGUGAUCCAUCCAACCUGAGGAAUUGAUUGUAUGGCCACCACAAUGACCCUGGGAGAUGUCUCUUUGUGGUAAUUUAUCGUCUGUUGUUUUCACAAUACUAGGUCUGAAUUAUGAUGUACCUUGGAUCGAAUAAUGAUGUGUCUUGUGCGGUAUGCACGUGAAGAACAUUUGUGUAGCUUCAGUUUUACCAUGGUGUAGGACAUACACCCAUUUUUAUUCACUCGAAAAUUUGGAAUGCAAUGUUUUGUUUGAA